UUACCAAAAACUCGCCUUCGCUUUUGCUUUGUCCUCGUGGUGUGCGAAGUGCGAAUUAUCUGUGAAAUACUCGUUUUAAUUGAUUUUUUAGUCAUAUAUUCCUCUGAAACUGAAUGACUAGAUAUUUCAGGAUAAGAAGAACCUCAGUGAAUUUGUGAUUUUCCGUUUACGAUUCCCGUAGUCACUAUGGGUAUUCAGGGUUUAUCGAAACUGAUUCAGGAUGUCGCUCCGGGUGCAGUUAAAGAAAGUGAAAUCAAAACGCAUUUUGGACGGAAGGUGGCAAUUGAUGCCUCAAUGAGCCUUUACCAAUUUUUAAUUGCAGUGCGCAGUGAAGGAGCACAAUUGACGUCUGUUGAUGGUGAAACAACCAGUCAUUUGAUGGGAACUUUCUACCGCACAAUCAGGUUGGUGGAAGCAGGUAUCAAACCUGUUUACGUUUUUGAUGGUAAACCACCAACACUGAAGUCAGGAGAGUUAGACAAGAGGAAGGAAAGAAGAGAAGAAGCAGAAAAAGCUCUGAAAGUAGCUGAAGAUGCAGGUGAUUUGGAGCAGAUUGACAAGUUCAACCGAAGACUUGUGAAGGUAACAUCAACCCACAACCAAGAAUGCAAGGAGCUACUAAAAUUGAUGGGGAUUCCUUUUAUCACUGCCCCCUGUGAAGCAGAGGCCCAGUGUGCUGCCUUGGUGAAGGAUGGCAAAGUAUAUGCUACAGCAACAGAGGAUAUGGAUGCGCUAACUUUUGGCUCAACAGUUCUUCUCAGGCAUUUAACAUUCAGUGAAGCACGGAAAAUGCCUGUCCAAGAAUUUCACUUCCAAAAAGUUCUUGAUGGACUCGAAUUGAAUCGAGAAGAGUUCAUUGACCUAUGCAUUCUUCUUGGUUGUGAUUACUGUGAUAGUAUUCGUGGAAUUGGUCCCAAAAGAGCCAUUGAUCUCAUCAAACAGCAUCGCAACAUUGAAACAAUCCUCAAAAACAUUGACACCGAAAAAUACGCUGUUCCUGAAAACUGGUUAUACAAGGAGGCCCGCCAACUUUUCGUGAAUCCUGAAGUUGCAGACCCAACUACAAUUGAGUUGAAAUGGACAGAUCCUGAUGAAGAAGGCCUAGUUAAAUACUUAUGCGGAGAUAAAGCGUUCAGUGAAGACCGUGUCCGAAGUGGGGCAAAAAAAUUAUUAAAAGCUAGGUCAACUACAACGCAAGGAAGGCUGGACUCAUUUUUCAAAGUUAUCCCAAGUGAAAAUAACACACAGAAAAGAAAGAGCGAAGAUAAUAAAAAAGGCCCUGCCAAAAAAGUCGCGAAAAAGGGAGGCACACCAUACCGAGGCAAACCAAAGUAAUCGCGCCAACUUUAACUAUGUUUUAUUCUAUUUUAUGCAUCUGCAACAAUUAGUUUGGAUUCCUAUCCGUUUUGUGUCUUUUCUCUCAUCCUUUGUAACUAGAAGUUCGUUUCUCAGCGGAUUAGAAAUAAAGUAUUUUCUCUUUUGAUUGUUAAAUAACUGGUUAGCCUGGUGAUCGAAUUUGAAGCUGCUUAUUGGUCAUGUGUGUGUCUCAUACUAAUCAUAGUAAUUUAAAGUUGUCUCAUCAAAUUUUUGAUGUAGUGUCUCUUUGCCAGAAAAUCGAGUCCUUACAGACGAAAGUCUGCUCUGAUCCAAAAAUGUUCCUUCCUUAAACUUAAUUUUUAGAACAAUAUUGCACUCAUUUCCUUCUAUUUAAUUUUUAUCACAUUUUUUAAAUAACUACUAGAGUCUAAGGUGAUUAGUUACAUUUUUUAUCGGUAAAAGGUACUUUCCUACAAAAUCAGGGCUCGUGUAUUAUGGUUAAAGUACCUCAGGAAGAUAGAGAAAAAUCUGCCUAACAUCUCCAGGGAAAUUUUGUAAUUUUUGUCAUAUAUAUACCUCUGCAAUGCUCUGCAGCAGGGAAGAAACAUGCAUUUACUAAUAUGGUUGUCAGUUUCAUUCCUGUUAUAUUAUUUCAUGAUUAUGACAUAUUUAUUUUCAAUACAUAAAUUAUUCACAAUCACUUAAUUCUUA